AUGGAUGCUGGGCCGGAAAAUUUGUCAUCGAAAAUGGAGAGAUAUUUUUUUGGAGGAGGUCCUAUUGACCUACAACCUUCAGAGAUUAACAAGCCUUUUUCAAGCAUUGAAAUACUUUUAUUGAAGGAUGUUGAAGGUCAUGCGGUUGUCUCGGUUGUUGAGCAAGACGCAUUGGAGGGGAUAGUUGGAUGUGUGGGUGCGUUGAUUGAGCCAUCCGCAAAACGUGAUGAGGACGUUCUUGCUCUUGCUCCAUUUGCCUUGGCGAGAGUGCAGGGUGUUGAUGCAAGUGGUGUUAACCUUCUCGUUAGUACACAUUCUGCUCUUUCUGAAAAGUUAAUAUUGAUUGUGGGCUCCUUUCACUGGAUAACUCGCUAG